GCAAUCUUUCUGGAGUCAGACUGCAAGCAACUAGGAAGUAUUGUCAUUCGCCUCACAAAACCUGUAACGUCCGUAACUACCUGAAAAAAACUGUUUAAUUUGAGCAAGGAACACUGAAUCUAUAGUUUCCUUUUUAGGAAGUACUAUCGGAGUCAAUUAUAAUGUUCUCGCAGUACAAGCAAAGUUAAACUGUGUGUAGUGAUUACAAGGUUGGUGCUAUAUUCAUUGUAUGGAAGGUUAGUGAGUAGGGACUUAUCUUCUUGUCUAUACGUUCUACCAGACAUUGCCUUAUCAACAUGGCUUCCAUGCAGAAAAUAAAAUGGAGGCACUUCUUCCCUGUCUUGAUCGCUGUGGUGAUGUGGGUGGAAUGCAUCGAAGGAAGUAGGGAUGGCCAGCUGUCAUCCUACCUCAAAGCCGAUUUUCAAGAUGAAUCGAGCAAGCCGCUCAACCAGAUGGUGGUCAGCAAUGAAAGUGGAACAGACUUUGUCUACAUUGGAGGAGUCUCAACACUUUAUCAGCUUGCCUUGAAUUUGACCCUACUGAGGAAGGAGAGCACAGUUCCAAAUGAUCCUACGUCAUGUGGGAACCCAGAAUGCCUGUAUGAUACCAAGAUCUUGGAGGUAGCGCCAGCACCUGUUAGUAAGCUCGUUCAGUGCGGCGGACCAGAAGGCCAAUGCGAACUUAGGAAUUUGAUGGAUAUUUCAAGAGAUUUUGGUUACACCCGCACCGUAGUAGUAUCUGUAAAUGAAGAAGUGUCUGCAGGAGUUGUCGCAGUUCGAAAGUCUGGAGACUAUGAUGACCGUACGGUAAUCAUGUAUGUUGCCCAAUCCCAACCCCAAGCCAAUAGCGAGGCACAACCAAUCACUCAAAGAGAACUGAUGCACCCAACAAGUCCAUAUUUCAUAUUUGAAUAUUCAGGAGAAAUAGUUGGUGUAACUGCUGCAGUUAAUUAUACUCAAGGAGUUUCCUGGAAGACUUAUAACUAUUUUAUUGCACAUAGUGGUUCAGAAAAUUCAAGACUAGGUAGAAUCUGUACAGACAAUACUCAAGAUGACCUUGAUGCAUACUCUGAAAUCACAUUGUCAUGCCAGCCCGGGUCGUACAGCACUCUUCAAGCAGUCUAUGUUGAUUCGAAUGAUGUACUGUAUGGUGUCUUCACAAAUGAAACAUAUUCGGCCUUGUGUUCAUACACAAUGAAUGACAUUCAGGAGAAGUUUGUUGAUGCUACUUGUGGCUGUGUUAUUUAUUGGGAUACAAGCUGUAGUGGAACAAAGGUAUCAUACCUGGACGAUUCAACGUGCACACCUCUUGCAAGGGUCAGUACAUGCAAUUUCAUUUCUCUAUUUUCAGAAACAGAGUUACAAUGUAUUUCUCACAAUUACAAUUUUGAGUUGUGAUGUCUAUUUAGCUUAAAGGUACCUAUAUGUCCCAUUUGCAGGCCA